AUGGAGUUUCUCGGAACCUCUCAGGCCGCCAGCUACUGUGGCCCCAAGAAGCCCUGCGCCUUGAUGGCGCCGCCCGAGGCCGUGAGCCCGGCCGUCCACGAGUGCUACCCGCCCUCCCACCUGCCCGGGUACCGCUCCCUCAACUCGUGGAGACCCAGCCUCUUCUACCAGGUCUCCGACGGCCAGGCCUGCCCGGAUGAGUGUCGCCGCAGCCCCCUGCGCCCGCCCACCAUCCUGCCCGCGCUCCGCUCCGCGCUCUUCUGUCGCUACGGGGCCCAGGACUGGGACCAGGCCACCCAGCUGCAGCUGCGGGGCGCCGAGGCCUCGCGCCUGUGGGCUGGCCGGCUGACCGGCGACACCAGGAGGCUCAUGCAGGACAAGGACCAGCUGACGCGCCAGAGGCAGGAGGGGACGUCCCGGAGCCUGGGCCAGAGACUGACGGACAUGGGCUUCUGGAAGUCGGAGCUGUGCUACGAGCUGGACAGGCUUCUGACCGAGAACCGCAGCAUGGACACCCUCAAGAGGCGGCUGGAGCGCGGCGCCGAGGAGCUCCACUGUCCGCUGCAGGUGGCCCUGGAGUGUCUCUACCAUCGAGAGAAAAGGAUCGGGAUUGAUUUGGUCCAUGACAGCGUGGAGAAGAACCUUAUCCGGGAAGUAGAUUUGCUAAAAUGUUGCCAAGAACAGAUGAGACAAUUAGCUCGCUGGAUCGACAUCCAGAUGCGGGAUAACCGAGAUGCUCAGCACACCCUGGAGAGAGACAUCGAGGACAAAAACUCUGCCGAGUGUAUUGACGAGCAGUGCUUUAACCUGAGGAGCACGUCGGACUGCAUCUCCUUCUUCCAUGGCGUGGAGAAGUGUGACGGCACGAUUUCCGUGCCUGAUACCUGGGCCAAGUUCAGCAACGACAACAUCAGGCACUCUCAGAACAUGCGGGCCAACUCCAUCCGGCUGCGGGAGGAGGCGGAGCACCUCCUCGAGAGCUUGUCCGACCAGCUGUGGAAGCAGUUCACGGACACCAACCUGGCCUUCAACGCCCGCAUCGCCGAGGAGACGGAGGCGAAGAACAAGCUGCAGACACAGCUGGCUAAGGUGGGCUGGCUCCUGAACGAGGCGUUCACCAUUGACGACACCCUGCAGACCCUCAAGCUGAGGCUGCGAGAGACCCAGGACACGAUACAGCUGCUGGUGACGACCAAGUCCCGGCUGGAGCACAAGCUGGCCAUCAAGGCCAACACCCUGUGCAUCGACAAGGAGAGGUGCAUGUCCAUGCGCAAGGCCUUCCCCAGCACGCCCCGCCUGAUGGGCCACACCUGCUCCGCCCCCGUCAGCCCUUGCGCCUGCUCUGCUCGGGUUUGUUAA